AUGAGCCAGCCCCAAGGAUCCGAAGAAGACUCUGAAGGAGAGUUCCCUGAAUCGGAAAAGUCGUUCAUCUCGAGAUCAUCUCAAGAUCUGCACUUAAAGUCCCUGGAUGUUGUGCCUGAGCAGCAAGGCACAUCGUCGAGAAAGCGCAGAUCGACUAAGCUACUCGUCGAGGAGAUCAAGAUUAAGCAAAACAAGGAGGGCAAAAAAAAGACAAAGCUACACAAGAAGUAUAAAAAGAUCGAGCAUAUAGAGAUCAGGGACGUGCCUUUAGCGGACAUUGAUUCAUCCCAAACAUUUCCGCCGCAAUCAAAUGCCAUCCACACACCCAGUGAGGCCAUAACCUCAAACUACGCAAACCAGGUUGACCAACAAGCACCCAUUCCAGAUGAGGAUUUGCAAAAGAUCAAGCUGCAUGUUUUGCACAAAUUGAAUGGUAACUUUAAGCCACGGAAACAGUCAUCCCUCGAGGAUGCCGUGCGGGCAGUCCAUGAGAUUAUCCAAAGGACGGUGUUUGAUAGAGAAAGCCAUUCAAUGUUGGUGCUAGGGCCGAGAGCGAGUGGAAAGACAUCUAUAGUCAAGCAAGCGUUGAAACAGUUGCGAGAAGAGCACGGUGAGUACUUCAUCAGCGUCGAGUUGAACUCUGCGGUGCAUUCCGAUGACGGCGGCGCGUUGAGAGAAAUUGCGCGGCAAUUGGACGUCAAGGUGCUCGACUAUUACGACGAUGCCCCAGAGGACCACACAAGCAGCGUCGAGAAGAAAUCCAUCAACGAAACUUUCUCAAACAUCUUACAAAUACUCAGCAACGGCCAAAAGGACCAAAACUCGCUGUCGACUCCACUAAUCUUUGUCAUCGACGAGUUUGAGAAAUUCACGGCGAGCCAUCGACAGACGCUCUUGUACAACCUAUUGGACUUGUCUCAAAACAGCUCCAUCCCCAUAACCGUGAUUGGCUUGAGCACCAAGAUGAAUGUCAAGGACUCGCUUGAAAAACGAGUCAGUAGCAGGUUCUCGCAGCGGAUAUUGUCGAUUGCGCAACUGCAGUCCUAUCUGGAUUUUUUACAGGAGGCCAAAACCAACAUCUCACUCAGCGAGGAGUUUAUAAACUCUUUGCAACAGCGCGAGUCUGGCCUAAGAUGGAACGAGGAGCUCGAGUUGCUCUUUGAGAGGGAAAAAAACAACUUUGGAUCGAUCCACAACCAAAACUUUCACACCGUGAAAAACUUUGCCAUUUUGAAUAAUACCUAUAAGCUAAUUGUUGCGGCAGCGCAAAGCCAGCCGCCGUUACUUCUCGGCUCAGAUUGCUUCGCCAAAUUAGCAGCAAGCAUGCCCAGCCAUAACUUUCCCCAGGCAGCCAUCGGGUCACUCUCAAAAACCGAAUUGUUACUAAUGAUUGCCGCUCUGAGAUGGACGGAAAGGUACGACUCACACACUAUAAAUUUCAACUUGGCCUAUACAGAAUACUCGCAGAUGGUAAAAGACCCAAAUGUCGGCAAGACUGGUCUGUCGCUCAACAGCUUGUCCUACAUCCAAGUUCAACGACGUCUGUAUUCGAGAAAGCUUCUACGAAACAGCUGGGAGGUGUUGUACAAAAGCGGACUUUUAGUGGACCCACAAGCAUCAAAUGGAGGGUUGGGCGUGGCCGACACCAGAAGCAAGAGUGGAAUCAUCGAGGAAAACAGUUUGGUUGCCCUAGAUGUCUCCCUUGCAGACCUAAAUACCUACGUACCAGAAGGCAGUCCACUUAAGAAGUAUGUAACAAUAUAA